GCCCGGCGCAGGCGUACUCGUCCCGCAUCCUGUUUGCUCAGCCCGGCAGCUCCGCCCGCCUUGCGUGAGCCGGGACAGCGGCGGCCCCGGCGGCGGCGAGAGUGACAGUGACUGCGUGAGACCCGGACGGACGUGGCGAUGGCGAUGUCGGACAGUGGGGCGAGUCGCCUGCGGCGGCAGCUGGAGUCGGGGGGCUUCGACGCGCGGCUGUACGUGAAGCAGCUCUCGCAGCAGUCGGACGGGGACCGGGACCUCCAGGAGCACCGGCAGCGCAUCCAGGCGCUGGCGGAGGAGACGGCGCAGAACCUGAAGCGCAACGUGUACCAGAACUACCGGCAGUUCAUAGAGACGGCCCGCGAGAUCUCCUACCUGGAGAGCGAGAUGUACCAGCUCAGCCACCUGCUGACCGAGCAGAAGAGCAGCCUGGAGAGCAUCCCGCUGACCCUGCUGCCGCCUGCCGCCGCCGCCGGCGCCGCCGCGGCCUCUGGAGGGGAGGACGGCGGGGGUGGCGCGGGCGGCCGAGACCACCUCCGGGGCCAGGCUGGCCUUUUCCCCGCCCCUGGGGGCGCCUCCCGCGACUCCGCGGGUCCGGGCGAGGAGGGGAAGCAGCGCACCCUCACCACCCUGCUGGAGAAGGUGGAAGGCUGCAGGCACCUGCUGGAGACGCCGGGACAGUACCUGGUGUACAACGGGGACCUGGUGGAGUACGAGGCGGACCACAUGACCCAGCUGCAGCGGGUGCACGGCUUCCUCAUGAACGACUGUUUGCUGGUGGCCACCUGGCUGCCCCAGCGGCGGGGGAUGUAUCGCUACAACGCCCUCUAUUCCCUAGACGGCCUGGCUGUGGUCAACGUGAAGGACAACCCGCCCAUGAAGGACAUGUUCAAGCUGCUGAUGUUCCCCGAGAGCCGUAUUUUCCAGGCGGAAAAUGCGAAAAUCAAACGGGAGUGGUUGGAAGUGCUGGAAAAAACCAAGAGGGCCCUCGGCGAAAAAAGACGGAGGGAACAGGAGGAGGCAGCCGCCCCUCGGGGGCCGCCCCAAGUGACAGCCAAGGCCGGGAACCCGUUUGAGGACGACGAGGAAGACGAGCCGGCCGCUCCGGAGGCGGAAGAAGAGAAGGUGGACCUAUCGAUGGAAUGGAUCCAGGAGCUGCCCGAGGACCUGGACGUCUGCAUUGCCCAGAGGGACUUCGAAGGGGCCGUCGACCUGCUGGAUAAGUUGAACCACUACCUGGACGACAAGCCCAGCCCUCCUCCCGUAAAGGAACUGAGGGCCAGAGUGGACGAGCGCGUCCGACAGCUCACCAAGGUGCUGGUGUUUGAACUCUCCCCAGAUCGGUCUCUGAGAGGUGGCCCCAAGGCCACUCGCAGGGCAGUGUCUCAGCUCAUCCGGCUUGGCCAGUGCACAAAGGCCUGCGAGCUGUUUCUGAGGAACAGGGCGGCGGCUGUGCACACGGCCAUCCGACAGCUCCGCAUCGAAGGGUCCACUUUGCUCUACAUUCACAAGCUGUGCCACGUCUUCUUCACCAGCCUCCUCGAGACCGCACGGGAGUUCGAGACGGAUUUCGCGGGCACCGACAGUGGCUGCUACUCCGCCUUCGUGGCCUGGGCUCGGUCGGCCAUGGGCGUGUUUGUGGGCGCUUUCAGCAAGCAGGUGUUUGAUAGCAAGGAGAGCCUCUCCACGGCCGCCGAGUGUGUGAAGGUGGCGAAGGAGCACUGUCAGCAGCUGGGCGACAUCGGGCUAGACCUCACCUUUGUCAUCCACGCCCUCCUGGUGAAGGACAUCCAGGUGGCCUUGCACAGUUACAAAGAAAUCAUCAUCGAAGCCACGAAACACCGCAACUCGGAGGAGAUGUGGCGGAGGAUGAACCUGAUGACCCCCGAGGCCCUGGGCAAACUCCAGGAGGAGAUGCGGGCCUGUGGCGUGAGCGACUUCGAGCAGUACACGGGGGACGGCUGCUGGGUGAGCCUCAGCUACACGGUGGUGGCCUUCACCAAGCAGACCAUGGGCUUCCUGGAGGAGGCGCUCAAGCUGUACUUCCCGGAGCUGCACGUGGUGCUCCUGGAGAGCCUGCUGGAGGUCAUCCUGGUGGCCGUUCAGCACGUGGACUACAGCCUGCGCUGCGAGCAGGACCCCGAGAAGAAGGCGUUCAUCAGGCAAAACGCGUCCUUUCUGUACGAAACGGUCCUCCCGGUGGUGGAGAAGAGGUUCGAGGAGGGCGUGGGGAAGCCCGCCCGCCAGCUGCAGGACCUGAGGAACGCGUCCCGACUCGUCCGCGUGAACCCCGAGAGCACGACGUCCGUGGUCUGACGUGGCCGCGUGUGCGGACAGGACCCGUCCCCGCGCGCGCGUGCCUCGCGGCGUAACCGUGGGACACGCCCUCUCGGAGACGCGCAAUCGGAAGGAGAAAGGACAGGUGGCCAGUGGAGCCCAAAUGACAAAAACACUGCGAUUAGUAAAAUAGAUAACGCGCUUUCCUGUUAAAUUAUGCUGACUCUCUAACGGACAUGUGGUCACGCUGUGGCGUCUCAGCUUCUCCUCUGGGUCAAAAUGCACUUUCUCACGGUGUCUGUUACGAGGCAGAAAUCGUCUCUGUGAACAGACAGAGUGUAAGUGUGUGGCGAAGUUUCCCCGUCCGCUGAAAUGGGUCUCUUCCAGGGUACAGUGCCGUAUAAAACACCCCGCCCCCCGUACGUCCUUCCUUAACCUGUGAUUGAACGGUUUGGGGAAAAGAAAGGAGGGAGUGAGGAAAUCGGUUUUAGGGUCAGUUUUGGUCAGAAUUCCUCCCUGAAAGGAGGAACCGGCCUGUGGGCUCAAGUGCCGGACCCUAACCGACUCAAAGAGGGAGCUGUCAGCAGGCAGCUAGCUCAGCAGACGACUGGCCGAGGCCAGUGGCUGGUGAUUUCCACCUGCUGAUCAGCAGCGUUAGGAUAUUUGAUUUGGGAGCAAGCGUUUACUGGAAAAUCUCACAGACGAUGAUCAGUUUUUUUCCCAACGUAUUCCUGACUUGUGGGCAUUUCCAGCUGGAGCUUUUGUCUUCAUCGGGCUGAGGAACGUAGCCGCAGCCGUGAUUUAGAGCUGGCCCACCCCCUUCAGCGUAGAGGCUUGAUGCAAAUGAGAAAAUUUUUCGUUGAGAUGCUUGUUUAGAUUUCACAUCCCAGGCUGGGUGGGAAAUUAGGAAAACGUCCUAAGCCAGCCCCCGGCGUUCUGAAGGACGCCUGCUCUGAGCGGAGAUGUGUUUCUGUGCUUUCGUAACAGAGGAGAACAGAAAGGAGAGACAGUGUCCCAAAGCAGAGACCUUUGGUGACUCUUACGAAAAGAAAAUGCUCCAGGCUGCAUCUUUAAUUUUUUAAUUUUUCUUUGCUUUCUUUUUAAAAGUGCUCGCUUCACAUUGUUUAGUAAAACAAAAAUAACUAAAGAAAUGUGAGCUUCCCAAGGUUUCCAAACUAUUGCUCCUGUCGUAGACCGAUUAUAUCACAUUCCCCAUAAUUUGAGAGAAAUUGUGCUAGCACAUGUCCAUUUUUCCCUGUUUUUUUUUUUUUUUAACGCCUACAGUAAUUGUGCGAGCACACGUCCAUUUUUCCGUGAGCUUUUUUUUUUUUUUUUUAAUGCCUACAGUGCCUGGUCUUUCUAGGUGGUCUCCCAUCCAAGUACUAACCAGGCCCGACCCUGCUUAGCUUCCGAGAUCCGAUAAGAUCAGGAUGGGAGUUCAAGUUCAGGGUGGCGUGGCUCUAGACAUCUGAGCUGCUUUCUAGCUGGGUUCUUGUCCCUAUGUGCCAUCUCUGAUGCCAGUUAAUUCAAAAAGUUAUUUCUUUUAUCCGAAUAAAAAUAGUGGUAUUAAGACUGUGGAAAUUAUGUAAAACCUAAAACAGCUUCCAGAUAGUGGCUGAGGGUCUUGAAGCUCCUUAAUUUCACUCAUGCCAGAUGAGCCCUUUUAAUUUAUUUUAGUUACGCCUGCUUAAAAGGUUGAAAAUUAUCAAAGUGACAGAUUUUCUUUGACUAAUUUUUUUUUUACAUUGAUAAUAACUAUACUGGAUAUCUCAGCUGAACAAAAAGUUAUACUUUGUCUCUUUUCAGAUCACUCGAAUUUGAUUUUAAAAUUGUGAUUAUUUUGUGCCCCCCACAGUUUCUAAACUUAUAUUGUAUGAAACACGUAUUGUGCAGAUACUUGAUGCCGGGUCCAUAAAAUGAUACUUCUGAAAUCAAAACUUCUCCUAAGGCGUGACCUUGUAAAAAAAUGUGAGUACUCAGUUAUUUAAAUGGUUGCUUUUUCGUAGCACUAUCUGCUUUUUAAAACCAGCAGUACAGAAUGUUUUUCUGUUAAAAUUUGUGUGUUCCUUGAUCGGAGCCGUAGCCGCAGGCAGUGUCCGUCUGGCAAAGCGGCUGGCGUGGGAGGUCGGUGGACGGCCGCCACCGUCAGGCUGUGCCUCUGUGCCACACAGAGCAGUCCCGUCGCCCUCCUCAGAGUGGGGCCGGUGCUUGUCUCUGAGAUCUUGUUCCGUUAGACUCCAGAGCAGGUUCUAGAAACCGAACACGCUGGAGAUUGUCCAGAACGUAGCACGUGCUAGACUAAUGCACCGUGGAAGGGCGGGCCGCCUCUGCUGGCUGGCCUUGCCGUGACGCUGUCACUCGAGUUUGGAGUCACUGGCCUGGUCGAAUUCAUUACUGUGGAAAACACGCCCUGUGGAAUUAAGUCUUUUUGAUGAAAGCCGCAUUUCACUUAAGUGCUGAAAACGUUCUUAUUUUUGUUUCAAACGCUACCUGUAGUGAAAUGAUCGGCACUUGGAUUUCGCAACUUGCUUACCUGAGGUUGGGGACUUGACAUAUAAAAUGAAGUAUAAAAUCAGUCUUUGUACAUUUUGCCUAUUGAUAUGCUGUGAUAUGAGGGACUCUGAAAUGUUUUAUCAAAAUAAAGCUUAAAAUAUUUCCUACACUGGAUGAAGUUGAUAUUACCUGUUAUACUAUUCCUUAAUCAGAAUUUAAUAUUCUAAAAUACAGUUUCAAGAGCCUA